AUGGCCGUGCGGGGAAGCAAGGACGAAGCGCCGCAGGCGGACGCUGCAUCGGGGGAAGAGAGGCGACGGGAGGAUGAGGUGGUGCAAGGCAGGGCCCAAGAAGCGAAAAAGAUGAGCGAACAUGACCAAGAACAAAAAGAGGCGUCGGAUGCGGACAAGCACGCGGACGAGACCAAGGAGAAAGAGGGCCGAGAUGAACAGACCAAAGGAAGCGACGAGGUGCCCGAAGCGCCCGAGGCGCGCCUUGACGAUAGUGGUGCGCGUGCCGACGACAGUGCACCUCUCGAGGCACGUACCGAGGGCAAUGAGCGUGGCAAACACGCCGAGCAAGACGGGCGCGUCGAGCGUGACGAGCACGCCAAGCAAGACGGGCACGCCGAGCAUACCGAGCAAGCCGCUCGUGAAACGACCGAGUCGAAUAGUUCAUCGUCCAGCGUUCCGAGCACUUCCGCCCCCGCGCCCGCCCCCCUCUUGUCGCGUGCGCGUGCCGAGGACCGCCAACGAGGAAAACGUAUGCUGGGCCUCUUGAAUUCGACCUUGUCCCAGUCGCGCGAGCCACGCAAGCAGCCGUCUACGUCGCGCCCCGCCCCCUCGUCCGAGGCGCUAGCCGCCGAGCGUGCCGCGCACGAUGCCGAGCGAGCUGCGAUCCGCUCCGACACGCAGCGUCUGCAGUCGCUUUCCGAAGAGAUUGCUGCGUACGAAACUGCCUACCGCACCUCGCGUGCGCACAAGCGGCGCCUCUCGAGCUUCCUGGUGACGCAUAUUGACCAGCCGAACCCCCCUCGCCCCCCGCCCCUGGAGGCCGAGGCGGCUGCGACGCGGUUGGGCCGCGAGACGACGGUGCCGCUUGGCGUGCGAACAUUGCGGACGUCUGAUGUGUACUAUUUGCCGCGCAAGCUGCUCCCCGAGCAAGAGGAUGUGCUGGAUGCGCAGGAGGAGCGUGUGGACGACGACCUGGAUGUAGCCGACGACGAGUACGACCGCGUGCUUGCACGUCUCGAGCAAGAGCUGCACGAGCUCAAAGUGCGGCUGCGAGGGCGCGGCGGAGCGCCGACGCAAGUCCAAGCUACGUGGUAA